UGACAUUGCGAUGAGUCAAUGCAAAUCCAUAAACAAACUUUGCGAGUUCAACGCAAAAGUUUCGUCGGUGCUGUAAAAUUCACUAAUUUUGAUCAUUGUUCUUAAAGUAAUAGUGCAUAUUUUUGGUCAGCUGUAGGGCCUCGUAAGGAAGCAGCUAUAAUUUUCAUUAAUCCCUCAGUGUCGUACCAGAAUCCUGCUGUGGUUGAAGACUAACCAGCAAGUGCAAAGAAAACAAAAGGAGAUAAAUACUUUCCUUACCAAAUAUGCAGGAUAAUCGGCCAGAGCUCUAUGAGGAGGUUAAACUCUACCGACAGGCAAGAGAGCGUGAAAAGUAUGAUAAUAUGGCGGAUUUGUUUGCACUUGUUUCUACGUUGCAAAACCUGGAAAAAGCUUACAUCCGGGAUUGCAUCACGCCUCAGGAGUAUACCGCCGCCUGUUCGAAGCUGCUGGUACAGUAUAAAGUGGCAUUCAAGAUCGUGCAAGGCGACGAGUUUCCUACGAUCGAUUCGUUCGUCAAAAAGUUCCGGUUAGACUGUCCGGCUGCGUUGGAACGCAUAAGGGAGGAUCGUCCAAUUACCAUCCGGGACGAUAAGGGCAACACGAGCAAGUGCAUUGCUGACAUAGUGUCAAUGUUCAUUACACUAAUGGAUAAGCUGCGACUCGAGAUUCGUGCGAUGGAUGAUUUACAACCGGAGCUACGCGAUUUACUGGAUACAAUGAACCGACUGUCACUGAUUCCGGAUAAUUUUGAGGGCAAGGAGAAGGUCUCCAACUGGCUUGCAACGUUGAACACGAUGCAGGCAUCCGACGACCUAACGGAGUCGCAGGUUCGUCAGCUUCUUUUCGAUCUAGAAUCGUCGUAUUCAGCAUUUAACAAUCUGCUUCACACCACAUAAACAUCGGAUCUGGAAAAAUGUAUUUUUUUUGGUACUGUAUAUAGGAUCAUAAGUCAUUGAUAUAAGAGAAAAGAACAAAAUGAACAGGGCUUCGAAGGAAUUUGAAUCAGGUUAAUUCAGAAUGUAGCGCAUGAUGAAGGGAAAGAGCAAAUUGAGGAAGAAUGUUGGAAUGGACAUACUUUUACUCAAACAUGUAAGAAAUAUACAUAUAUAUUGUUUAACAAAAACAUGUAUUCGAUUCUUUUAAGUUUACAACUGUCUGUUGCCUUUAAUAACUCAAUUUUUCAGUGCCAAUAUGAGUAAGAUCAAAACAAUUCCCUAUGAGGAUGAUUACAGUUAAAUCAGUUGAAUUCAACAAAUAAAUAAUAAGUCAUAGAAAUAUGAUUACACUCACGAUUAUUUUUACACUUAAAUAUCCAAAGCCUUGGGCUAGUUUUAAAAGUUAAAACAAUGUUCAACAAAACAGAAGUAGAAUUCAAAAAAUUCGAUCAAAAAUUACUUACUUGUUGAUCAAGAGCAAUGUUAAAAUCUUAUGAGAUUUAAAAUUUAUGCAAAGCAACUACAUUUAAAGCAUUUUUUAUCUAAUAAAUACAGACAUGCCCUCGUUGAUCCCGUUUUGACCGUUGAUCAGAAA